UCUAGUUGUUCAAUUUCCAAAUCCAUGCAUGCUGCCAUGCCAAGAACAACUCGCAUUAACGACAUUUUCACCACUGGUGAGAAUAUUUCUUCAAAGUCAAUACAUUUCUUUUGACUGAACCCUUUCACGACUAGCCUAGCUUUAUAUCUUGGUUGUGGAUUAUUUUCUUUAGUCUUUAAUAUAAACACCCACUUAUUCUUGAGUGCUCGUCGCCCCUUUGGUAGUUGUACUAAAUCAAAUGUGUGAUUCAAUUCUCAUGCAAGGAUUUUAUCUCAUCUUACAUGGCUUCCAUUCACUUUUCCUGAUGUACAUCUCUCAAAGACUCUUCAUAUUACUCUUGUUCUCCCCCUUCAAUAAGUAACUGAUAUUCACCUCCAGCCAAUUUUGCUGGAAGUCGUCUAUCUCGAGUGGAUCUUCUUAAUUAUGUUUCAUGAGAUGAUUGAUUUUCUUGUUGUGGAAUAUGUUCCACAUUCUCAUCAUCAUGAGGGUGAUCAUCUUGGUGUAAUUCUCCCACGUGAUCAUCAAUUGCAUCCGAAGAAGGAACUGGAUUCAUGAUUAUAGGCAAUUCUUCAUGGGAUAUUGUAGAUUUUCCCAAUUUUUGUAUGUCUUCACUGGUUUGAUCUUCAAAGAAAACAAUAUCUCUGCUUCUAAUAAUCUUUCUUUCAGCAGGACUCCAUAAACUAUAACCGAAAUCAUCUUUAGGAUAGCCAAGAAAGAUACAUUGUUUUGUCUUGCUAUCAAGUUUUGAUCUUUUAUCCCUCGGGAUGUGAACAAAGGCUCUACAUCCAAACACCUUCAAAAUUUCAUAGUUUAAUUUUCUUACAGACCAUAUCAUAUGUGGAACAUCACCAUCAAGUGGAACUGAAGGAGAACGAUUAAUCAGAUGAAUUGCAGUCUUUACUGCCUCCCCCAAAAAGAUUUGGGUAACUUUGCAUGUGAUAACAUCGAAUGAACUUUCUCCGUGAUCGUUCGAUUCAUUCUUUCAGCGAGACCAUUUUGUUAAGGUGUUUUUGGGGUUUUCUCGAGCUUUAUCCCAUACUUCCUGCAAUAUUCUUCAAAUGGACCUCUAUACUCUCUACCAUUAUCGGAUCGCACACAUUUUAAUUUUAUGCCGAUUUCUCUUUCUACUUUUGCAUGAAACUCCUUAAACGCGUCAAAGACUUGGUCUUUACUUUUUAAAAGAAAGACCCACACUUUCCUGGAAUGGUCAUCAAUGAAUGUAACAAAAUAUGAUGCACCACGAAGAGAUUUCUCUGCCAUAGAAACAAACGUUCAGAUGAACCAAAUCUAGAACCUGAGAUCUUCUAGGUGGUGGAUUUCUUCGAAACGAAACUAUGUAUUGUUUUCCUUCUAAACAAUCAACACAUGAUUUAAAAUUAACAUUCUUGAAAGGAAGGAGUUUCUUUCGAGUGAGGAUUUGGAAUCCCUUCUCACUCAUACACUACAAGAAAAUAGAGUAUAUAUUGACGCUUUUGCUAUGACGCUUUUAUAAAGGGUCAUAAUAUUUUUUUUGGUCACGAAAACUAAAUAUGUAUAUAAUGACGAUUUUAGGUGUCUAAAUAAAUAUUGGCCACAAAAAGAGUCACAAUGUUACAAAAAUAACCAUUGCACGUGACCACGUGUUUAACUCCCGCUUAUUUGGAGAUUUCAGAAACCUCACGUAUACACUACACGACACCCACGAAAUUCUCAACCUCCUCCACUCUAACAACCGACUCGCUGCUCCCUCCUCUAUUCUUCAGCAAAAAAUCCCAGAAAAUUCUCAAAAAUUCCCCAGAUAUUCUCACCAAAUUAACGAUCUCCGAUCCUCAACUCAAAUUUCUCUCAUUCCAUUCCAGUAUAAAUGGGAAAUCUGGAGAAGCCUAUAAUUGCAAGCUAAUUCUCACUCCACCCUAAAUUCAUCUUUAGUUUCAAGUUUCUUUGGAUUUUCAAGACUUGAUUUCGUAAUUGCAAGAAUUCAUUCGAACCCAAUCGUAGAGCCGUAACAGAGCCAUCGCAGAGCCAUUGCAGAGCCAUCGCAGAUUUCACCGUAUCUUUUUGCAGAAGCAGCGGAAGUUUUUGGACUUCAAUUCAAGUGGCCACCGGUUUUAAGAGUUUUCGUGGAGUUUAGGAUCUACUUUGUCCCGACAUCUCCUUCCCAGGCGUUUUACAGAUAUGGAUACAAGUUGGAUCGAUCUACCUAUUGGCCACCCUAAGUAUGUCAAGGGUUGUAUGCAAUUCAUUGAGUUUUCUAAAGAAGAUCUAGUCCAUGGAAAAAUUAGAUGCCCUUGUAAGAAUUGUAAGGUGGAGAAAUGGUUCCUGGUAAAUGUAGUAGAGGGACGUAUUUUGUUUAAGGGGUUUUAUAAGUCGUAUAAGAAAUGGAUCUUUCAUGGUAAAGAGGAUAUGAUUCAUCGUGUGGUUGGUAGUGAUGGAGGGAAUACUAGUGAAGGAUCCCUAAAUAAUGAAAGUGGGUUUGUUAGUCGAGAUAAUGUGGGAGGACUACUAAGAUCAGCUUUUUGUGUUAAUACGUUUCCCAAUUGCCCAACUUUUGAAACACGAGAGGAUGAUGAGUGGAUUGAGGAGCCAGUGACCUAUGAAAGUGAUGCUGAAUAUGAUGAUUCUACAAAAGAGGAAGAGGCGAAGUAUAAGAAGUUACUUGAAGCUUCUGAGGAGAAAUUAUAUGAAGGGUGUACCAACUUUUCAAAGUUAUCUUUUCUUUUACACUUGUUUUACUUGAAGUGUAUGAAUCAUUGGUCCAUUGAAUCUUUCAAUAUGCUGUUGAAGCUAAUUCUAGAUGUGUUUCCCCAAAUACUUGAUUUUCCCUCAUCCUUUUAUUACAGUAAGAAAAUGAUAAAAGACUUGGGUCUUGGGUAUGAAAAGAUUGAUGCUUGUCCGAAUAAUUGUAUGUUGUAUUGGGGUGAAUUUUUAGAGAAAGACAAGUGUCAUGUUUGUGGUACAUCGAGGUGGGCGAAAACUAAGGGUAAGGGUGGCAUUACAAGUGAUCAAGGUACGGAUACUCAUAAGAAGGGCGUGCCGGCUAAGGUAAUGCGAUAUUUCCCUCUUAUCCCGAGGCUAAAAAGAAUCUACAUGUCACCAGAAACAGCAGAAGAUAUGAGAUGGCAUGAUACAGAGCGAUUGGGUGAAGAUGAUAAGAAGAUUUUGAGGCAUCCUUCAGAUGCCUUAGCAUGGAAGGCAUUUGAUGAGCGUCAUAGAGAUUUUGCAUUAGACCCUCGUAGUGUUCGAUUAGGUCUUGCGAGUGAUGGGUUUAAUCCUUAUCGUUUAAUGAACACCACUUAUAGUACAGUGAUAUUGAUUCCUUAUAAUCUUCCACCAUGGUUAUGUAUGAAACCAUCUUCUUUCAUUUUAUCCACACUUAUUCCCGGAAAAGCAAGUCUUAGAAAUGAUAUUGAUGUGUAUUUGCAGCCAUUAGUGCAUGAAUUGAAAUUGUUGUGGACUGGGGUUGAAGCUUUUGAUGCUUUUGAAGGAAAGAAAUUUAAUUUGCGCGCGACUUUGCUUUGGACUAUUAAUGACUUUCCUGGCUAUGCAAUGCUCUCUGGUUUGAGCACAAAAGGUUACAAUGCAUGUCCUAUAUGCAUAGAUUCCACGCCUUCUAAUAGAUUUGGGAACAAGAUUUGUUAUUGUAGCUAUAGAAAAUGGUUACCUUCAGAUCACCCAUAUCGUUCAGGGUGACAAAUUUUGUGAGAAGUAUGGAACUAAUGAGUGUCUCGUCCUAGCGGGACUGAUAUAUUGAGUGAACAAGAAAAGGUCGAGUAUGUUUAUGGAAAGUCGAAGGCACCACAGAAAAAGAGACAAAGAGGAGAUAAUGAUAACAAUUAUGUCCAACAUGAAAGUGCUUUUGGUACCAAGAGAAGCAUAGUCUUUGAUUUGGUGUAUUGGGAGCAUAAUCUUUUAAGGCAUAAUUUAGAUGUAAUGCACAUUGAGAAAAAUGUGUCUGAGAAUAUUUUGGGAACUCUUCUUAGUAUGGAUAAGAGUAGAGAUAGUAGGGAUGAUCGAAAAGCUCUUGAAAAAUGGAGAAUAAAGCCUCACCUUUGGCUUAGUACUAAUCCUAAUGGAAGUGAAUACAUGCCUCCAGCUUCCUAUUCUAUGUCUACGGAGGAGAAAGAGAGGUUCUUAAAUGUUCUGCAGAAACUUAAAGUUCCGGAUGGAUAUGGAUCCAAGUUCCAACCUCUCUAGUUGUGUGAAUAUAAAGCAAAGAAAGUUGAUUAACCUCAAAAGUCAUGACAACCAUGUUCUAAUGCAAGAUAUCCUUCCUGUUGCCUUAAGAGCUUCUAACGCUACAAAAGUAAUUGACUUGUUGGCUGGAUUGUCUUCUUUAUUCAAGAGGUUGUGCUCUACUACUAUUGAUCCAGAUGAUUUAGAUGAUCUUCAAGAUGAAAUUAUUUUAACUCUUUGUAAGUUGGAAAUAGAGUUCCCGCCUUCAUUUUUCACAAUCAGGGUCCAUUUGUUGAUUCACUUAAUGGAGGAGGUUAAACUUGGUGGACCAGUGCAAUACAGAUGGAUGUAUCCCAUUGAAAGGUACUUGUCCCAUUUGAAAUCACAUGUAACCAAUAAAUCCCAACCUGAAGGAUCUAUUGCGGAAGGCUUCCUUUUAGAGGAGACAAUUAGGUUUUGUUCGAGAUAUCUUGAAGGUGUUAAGACUAUCUUUAACAUAACUACGAGGAUGGAUGAUGAGAUUUAAAAUUCCAAUGAUUACUUGUUUAACACUAGUGGUCGAGUUGUUGGGAAGAAGGUCACCAUUCGCCUUGAUGACAAAAGCUUAAAACAAGCUCAUCGCUACGUUUUACUUCACUCUGAUGCGAUCAAAGGGGAUAUGGAUGAAUUUUUAAUGGAGAAGCGUCAAAUGAACUCACAAAGUUCCGCCACGGAGAGUGAUGAAAGCAACUGGAUCAUCAAUGAAUUCGGAGGGUGGUUGCAAAAUAAGGUACAUUGCAUAGAUGUCACCACCGAAGAUGAGAAACUAAGAAAAGCUUUAGCGGGUGGUUUGUAUUGUUAUGGUAGAAAAUUAAAAGGAUUCAUCAUCAAUGGAUUUAAAUUCCUUUCCAUGGAUCGCGAUUGUCGUUUGCUGACACAAAAUUCUGGAAUUAUGGUUGAAGCAGAUGGAGAGGCAUAUUUUGGAAAAGUGAUGAUAUCUAUGAAUUAAAUUACUAUGGAGCUUACAAAGUUGUAUUGUUUCGUUGUGAUUGGGUAGACAUUCAUAGGGGUGUAAGAACAUAUCCAAAUGGCGACGUAUGUGUCAAUUUCUCGAAAUUGAUGCAUACUGGCCGAUUGUUGCAAGAUGAUCCAUUUAUAUUCUCAUAUCAAGCAAAAUAAGUUUUUUACAUAGAAGAUGAGAUUCAAAAAGGAUGGUUGCAUGUUGUUAAGAAUAAGCCUAGGGACUUGUUUGAUUUAGGUGAUUCUUUACCCGUAGAAGUAGAGGGAGAGGGUGGGUUAGAUUGAUCAUGUUUAUUUUUUUUAUUGUUUCUCUUUGUAUUUGUAUUUGUAUUCUAUUGAUUCCAUCUAUUGAAUAUUUUAUUUUACUUUCAAUCUAGUAAUUACGUUCUAUGUGUUCUAUCCUAUGAUGCAUAUUGCAUUGUGUUUAGUAAUAUCAUUUAUUUUCUCUCGUGUCUUGUAAAUUAAGUAUUGUAUAUUUUUCUUGCCGUUGAUAUGCUUGUGGUAGCUAUACUUGAUACUUUCAAACUGGACUGGAGUAAGAAGUGUUGGAGAAAGGCGAGUUCUGAAUUAGAUGACUAUGUAGCAUUCAAAAUUUGUACUAUCUCCUAAUUCUUGCUCUAACCA